AAAGGGUGUCUGGGAGAGAGUUUCCAGUGACCCACUUGUCUGCAAGAUGUAUGCCAUGGAAGUGCUCUUUCAACCAGUCGGUAGCUGAUUGUCGUCGCGCGCGCCGCGAGAUCUUUCACCGGCGGUUACUUUACUUCUGACUCGUGCUAACACCCAGUGAGAUGCAGGUGCAAGUGGAUGGUAGCGAGAUGGUGCGGGUGUGAAAAAUCAAAAUUGGUGUAGCUGUCAAUGCGAGAUAAUAAAUUGCUCAAGAACUCCUCAUGAAUGAAAGAACAGUGGCGGCGCGUCUUAAGAUUUGAUGCAACAAUAAAAUCGUUUACAACAAUAAUAAAGUUAAGUGAUGUUUAACGUGCGAUUCGCUCUCUAACUGUUAUUGCGCGGGUGACAAUUUGUGCUUUGUUUGACAGUUAAUUAUAGUGCGAAUGGAUUGUCGUGGAAUUACAUUGUGGUAGAUAGAGGACUUAAUGGGAUCAAGCAUGCUCUGGAUGGCCAUUCUUGGCGCCAUAUUGGUGUGGUCAGCGGCUCCAGGGGCUUCAUCGCGGAGAGGACAAGCUUAUCAGAUAAGUCCAAAACCUUGCUGGGUCGACGGCCAAGAAGGCACGUGUAUGUUCGUGUACGAGUGCAUCAAAUCAGAGGGGUACCACAUCGGCAUGUGCGUGGACACCUUCAUGUUUGGUUCCUGCUGUGCACACAACGCUACCGACAACAACGUGGUACCCAUCCAACACGACCAACCGGCCGUGCUCUACACACCUCCUAGUCAACAUAGUCAUACCACUAACAAGCCAAUUAGUCAUAGUAGGCCCAGGCCGACAAGUCAUUCGCACCUAAGUCAGUCAACAAAACCGCCAAAUCGUCCUGUAACUCACACCCUAGCGGCCUCUGUUAACGUGAGGCCCAAUCUAUCGUCGAGGAACCCCACCCAACCACCCCGACACACCGACGCCCUCUCUGGAGCUAAUAGUAUAGCAAUAGGGGUGUACACGAAACCGGGGUGGCAAUCGACAACAGAACCGGGUUUUAUCACGUCCCACAACCAGAAUUCGAUCCAGUCGGGGUCCAAACCGCAAUGGCAGGUCACUACGGAACCGGCUUUCGUCACAAGAGUUAAAGCGAAACCUAGUAGUUAUAAGCCGAAGCCGAAGCCAACGAAGAAGCCGAUACAGAACACUACGAAAGUGGGGAGUAAGGGAACGACCACGAAAGCUACCACAAAAAGGCCGCCAACUUCAGCGAGUCCUGUCGUCAACACUGAAGCCCCAGUGCAAAAAGUUUCAACGGCUCCUGAUUUGAUGCAAACGUCGACGAUUGGAAGUGUUGUAUCAUCUCCGAUUUCGGCUCGAGUCGAAUGCGGUGUGCCCAAGAUGUCGACCCAACCACAGUCGAAGAUCGUCGGCGGUAAGAACGCUCCUUUCGGCCGUUGGCCCUGGCAGGUUUCAGUCCGGAGGACGUCGUUUUUUGGAUUUUCGAGUACUCAUAGGUGCGGAGGAGCGAUUCUUAACGAGAAUUGGAUUGCGACAGCUGGACACUGCGUCGAUGAUUUGCUCACAUCCCAGAUCCGAAUUCGAGUCGGGGAGUACGAUUUUUCAAGCGUCCAAGAGGAAUUUCCCUAUGUCGAAAGGGCCGUCGCUCGGAAAGUUGUUCAUCCCAAAUACAACUUUUUUACAUACGAAUACGACUUGGCUCUAGUGCAACUUGAUAAAGCGUUGGAAUUUGCUCCGCAUAUAUCUCCUAUUUGUCUGCCUGCCUCUGAUGAUCUGCUCAUCGGGGAGAACGCCACCGUCACCGGCUGGGGGCGGCUCAGCGAGGGCGGCACCCUACCCUCCGUUUUACAAGAGGUUCAGGUCCCCAUCGUGAGCAACGACCGAUGCAAAAGCAUGUUCCUCCGUGCCGGAAGACACGAGUUUAUCCCGGACAUCUUCCUCUGUGCCGGGCACGAAAAUGGCGGCCGGGAUUCAUGUCAAGGAGAUUCCGGAGGACCUUUACAAGUUAAGGGCAAAGACGGCCACUACUUCCUCGCAGGAAUCAUCUCUUGGGGAAUCGGAUGUGCGGAAGCCAACCUACCCGGAGUUUGCACCCGGAUUUCCAAAUUCGUCCCUUGGAUAUUGAAACAUGUCACUUGAGACAAAAAUAAUCCCAUGUACAGGUGUACAGAAAUAAUUAUAUUAUUGUAUAUUCUCGUUAAUUUAAUGUAUAUAAAGUAUAUAAAACUGUUUUCUAUUUGUUAAUUUUAGUGUAUGUUAUGUAUAAUUUAUUUUAAUACGUGUGAUAUCUGUUGUAGUCUGUUUGACAAUUUGACAAUUUUGUAAAUAUUUAUUUUUUACUAUGAAACUCGAAGACGAUUUAAUUACUUCAUUGGGACAAAAAAUGCAAGGCUAUCUGAGUUAUCCGUUAAUUGUUAAAUUUUUGUCGCGAAAAUUUAAUUUUUUGACGAAUUUCGUAGAAUACUUAUCCUUGGCCUAAUCUGCCCUUAACCACAUAGCAUUUUGCCGUUAAUUUAUUCAAAGUCGAAUAAAGCCGAGCCUGUAAUAUGGUGGAUGUAGCGCUUAUAACCGGAUUAUUCGAAAUGAGGAAAUUAAGAACCGCAGACGAAAAUGACGGUCGCAUCUCCAAGGCAACCACUGAAAAAAAAAACAUUUCAGGCGGUGUUUUUCAUAAUCGGAGUUGUGAGACACGGAUUCUCGUGUCGAUUUGUUCCUGAAUGUGAUUUUCCAGUCAUUUGUGAUUAAAUUUUAGAAUUAAGACAGUUGGAUUAGUCCAACCAAGCACUUCUGCAGAGAGUAGAUAAGUUGACUGUAUUCAUAUAGCAUUACUAAUCGUAACUUUAAUCAGGGCUACUAAUUAUGUUUCAAUUACGAUUUUAGGCUUGUACAUAAGUUAGGAUAAGUGAAAUAUUUAAUUUUGUACUUUUCCAAAGAUGUAAUAAAUAUUUUUGAAAACAAUA